AGGGAGCUCAUGCGAAACGCUUGCCCUCUUGCCAGCAACCCUUGUGAUGCGACGAGGAAGACUUGCGCAUUGGGAUCCGAAGCCACUUGGACUCAAACAAAUGCGGCUGCAGUUCGGGCACGUCUGAGCUCCAGCCAAUCCCGUGACUCGACGCGGCAGCCUGCGCCGUCGCACCCGACGCGGCUCUAAUAGAGUAUAGAGGGCCCCCCGCGAUGCAGCGGCGGACAGCGCUCGAGGAUGCCGACGUCCCGCUGGGGAUCGCCCAGCCCCAGCUGCGUCCUCCGCCCGAAGCUGUGGAUUUCAUCCCUGGCCCAGCAGCGGUGCCCCUGACACGCCUCACUCGGGCACCGGUCGCCUGGCCCCACCAGCAGGGCUGGCAGAGCGAUGCGGCGCCCCAGCACCAUCGGCAGCAGUUCCAGCAGCGGCAAGCCCAGCAGCAGCAGCAGCAGCAGCAGCAGGGGCAGCAGCAGUGGCAGCAGCAGUGGCAGCAGCAACGGCGGCAUCAGCAGCUGCAGUUGCCGCAGUCGGAAUGGUCGCAGCCGCAGCAGCAGCAGCAGCAGCAGCAGCAGCAGCAGCAGCAGCAGCAGCAGCAGCAGCAGCAGCAGCAGCAGCAGCAGCGCGAGCAGCAGCAGCAGCAGCAGCAGCAGCAGCAGCAGCAGCAGCAGCACCAGCACCAGCAGCAGCAGCAGCAGCAGCAGCAGCAGCAGCAGCAGCAGCAACAGAUUGAUCCACUCAGCCAGUACCCUCGGCAACGCCACAACACCUCGCGCUUGCAGCAGGCGCAAGAACAGCAGCAGAUGCCAUCCGCGGGCAGCCUCGACCACGCGCGCGGGGGCUGCAAGCCAUGCCUCUUCUUCGCACAGGCAGAGUGCCGGAAGGGGCACGAUUGCACGUUCUGCCACCUCCAGCACGACUCCAGGGACCUCAAGCGCGUCCGCCCCUCCAAGAAAACGCGCAGCUGGCUGGUGGAGCGGGGCAGGCAGCUGCCGCUGGAGGAGGACCACCCGCCCCCAGCGCAGGCGCAGCCUGCCCGCGGCAGCCGAGCGCAGCCGCCAGGGGGCCACCAGCGAAGACAGCCGGCGCGGCCGCUGCAGGGCGACCCCUCGCAGGGCCAGGGCGCCGAGCGCCUCUCCGCCGCGCCGCGGUGGCUCGCCGCUGCUGGCCCGCCGGCCGCCGCCUGCCCUGGCCUGCGGGCGAACGCCGAGCGCGCGCAGCCGCUGCCUGCCGCGGGCCUGUGGGCGCCCGUCGGCGAGCUCGCGCCCUUCGCCGCCGUGAGCCUCUGAGGCCGGGUGCUGCCGCUGGCGCAGCGGUGCAGCGCCGCCGCUGGCGGAGCGGUGCAGGGGUGCGGGCAGGAGCAGCGGUGGCCCUGCCGGUGGCGCUGUCGUUGGCGCAGCGGUGCAGGCCUGUGCAGCGGCGUGGAUGUAUAGAGUUCGUUUCCCUAGCCUGCACACCUGCAGCAGCUCACGCAAAAUCAACGCGUAACUCGCGGGCCGCACAGUGGCGGCACGCCAUCCCAGUCGCGCUUGAGAGCCGAGCCGAGAGUGGGCUCGCCGUGUGCCCGUCGCCGCAGCGCCGAGCGGUGCUUUCGAUGGCGCCGCCGCUCGUCGCUGCGCUGAGCGAUGUCGCCGCUGCUGCUGGGCCGUUUCGCAGGACUCUUGUCCACAGGGGCAGUUUCAGCACGCUCGGGCGCGCGCCGUCCCUGGACGUCGCCCCGCGCGGUUGGUUUUUGAAUUCUGGGGUUACGUCGGGCACGUCCCCUUACAGGAGGAAUAUUAAGGAAUAGGCCAGCGCGACCUAACUACUCUGGGGCCGAGGUCAGGGCGGGGAGGCGUGUGCGGCGAAUGUGCGGGCCGCCUCCUUUCGGCCACGCGCAUGCGCGCGGUCAACCCUUGGCCUGGCAGACGAGAACACAGUCUGCGUUCCACAGCCGACGGGUCCGCCCCGCCGGUGUCCUUCCUACCUUCGGGCACGCCCAGCUACUUCUUGGGCACCCCUCGAGCACUGUCAGCACGUCCGACCAGCUGGACACUGGCCUGGGCUGGUCAGGUGCUGGUGAGCAUGCUAGCAUGCUUGUCCCCGUCGUGGAUCUUGGCAUCGCUCGGACGUGUGCAUUUUUCUCGGCCAGG